AUGGAAGACAACAGGGUGAAGCCCGCAUCAUCCACUGUAGAUGACCACGCUACUCCACCAUCAAAUCUUGUGUGUCCUUCCCCUGGAGAGGAUAAACCAGAGACCUCCAAAUAUGACCAUGAGAAGACACUAAUCAGCGCUAGUAGUGCGAGCACUCCCUUGGAAGAAGGUUCACAAGGUGCAAAUAGGAAGAAGCAGAAGGCGUGA